AUGUGGAAGCGGUUCCCCGAGGUUAUCAGCUUUGACAACACCUAUAACACCAAUCGCUUCAAGCUUCCACUCUUCCAAGCUACAGGGCAAACAUGUCUUGGAUCGGUAUUCAAUGCAGCAUUUGGUCUCAUCGAUAAUGAGAGACUAGAGGGGUUCCAGUUCUUAUCGCAGAGUAUCUUACAACUCAUUAAUCAGAACUCUAUUCGCCAACCAGAUGUUAUUAUCACCGACUACGACAGACAGAUGAAGGCAGCUCUUAACGAAUACUUUCCGAAUAUGCAACAACAGCUUUGUAUUCACCAUAUCAACUCAAACGUUAUGCUUAAAGCCAAGCAGAAGUGGCUUCAGAGCUAUUCUAGUAGUAGUGGGUCUGAAGAAGACGAUCUAGCUCCACAACCAGUUACCGAACUUAGCGAUGAGGACCAUGCCUAUAUCCAUACUUCAGUAGAUGGGGCUACGCUACAUAGCUACCGGGGGGUUCUUAUAAUGUGGAAGUUGGUUCUAUUUGCUGAGACAGAGGAUGCCUUUAGGAAAGCAUGGGCAAACCUUUGCAAAGAGUUUAAGGACCAACGGCCUAUUCUGAACUACCUGCAUGGAAUAUAUCUACCACUAAGGGAGCAGUGGGCACGUUAUUCUAUUCGCCAGUACCGAAACUUCGGCAUCCGUGUAACCUCAGGGACGGAAUCAAGCAACAACAACAUCAAGGGCUAUCUUCUUAAUGGACUUAGCCACCUAUAUCACUUAGUUAAUGUGAUGCAGGAUAUGCUUAAGGAUCAAGAGGUUCGCUUCAAGCAAGCUUGUGCACAGGAUGAGAUCCUCACAAGCCGUGAGUUUAUAGGGAACAGAUCUGAGUACCUUGGGGAGCUUCGAACAAUACUCUCAUCGCAGUGUCUUGGUUUGAUUACGAAGCAAUACCGUCUGGCAAAGAAGGCUCUACCAACAGGUAGAAAUCCAUUUCCAGCGCCUCUUAGAGACUGCACAGAGGACUGUACUGUCUCUAUAGAGUAUGGUAUCCCAUGCUGCCAUAAGAUCUACUCUAAACUUGUAGAUGGGGUACAGUUUAUGAAGGAUGAGGUUCACCCACGAUGGCGGCUGCGGGAGUCUUCUUCCCAGGAUCCAUAUCGACGGAUCCUUGAUCCGAAGAUUGCAGGAAACCUCCGUGGCAGACCUAAGAACUCAAUGCAGCCAGUCCCAUCAUACCUAUCAUUAAGGGAUAGCACCCAAUCAAGCAACCAGCUAGCUAGACAAUCACACAGCCAACUACAAAGUCAACAACCUAGCCAAUUAGCAGCAGGGCGCAGGCGUGGCAGACCACCAGGAAGCCGUAAUAGGACCACCUUAGCAAGGCUUACACAAGAGACAGCCAGUAGCCAGGCGCCAACCUCUUCCCAGCGGCAGACACGAAGCCAAGUAACUACUCUUAGUACUGGCCGAUCAACUGGCCUUCGUUCGAAUGGAAGAAGAUUACAGGCAAGCAUCCGUAGGACGAGGAGUCAAUGGGAACUACUUAGUAGUAGUGAUGAGAGUCUCAAACGUUGA